GUCAAGAAAUUGCUUUCAAAUAUGUCAGUUAAUCAAAAUUAAUUACUAAUCUUAGUUUAUUAUAUUUAAGUUGGCGAAAUUGGAAGCAAAUGUCAAAUUUAAAAGAUAACGUCAAUCCAAAAGUCAUAACAAAUAUGACUCAUUGUAUACAAAACUGUAUCAUUUAUUUUGUACAGUGAAUAGUACUAAUUAAUACUGAGACCCAAUCAAAAUGACUCAUAUUAAAUCCAAAGAUACCAUUCUUGAUACAUUAGAACCGCAGGUUCGUUUAAAACAACUUAUAGACUAUAGCAAUCAGGUAGAGGCAGAUCCAAGAGUCCCUCCUAUAAGGUAUUAUCGUUCUGGACAAGAAAUGAUUAGAAUGGCUAAUGUGUAUUAUAAAGAAGGUAGCCUUGAAAAUGCAUAUGUGCUGUAUUUAAAAUUUAUGACCUUAUUCCUCGAAAAAAUCAGAAAACACCCUCAGUUUUCAAGUGUUGCUGUAAAUGUCAAGGCCAAAAACCAAGCUACUUUAAGAGAAAUAUUACCAAGAGCUGAAAAAAUUAAGCAACAACUAUUGGAACAGUAUACAUCAGAUAUUCAACAGUAUUUAGCAGAAAAAAAAAAACUUGAGAACGAGUUGAAACGAACAGAAGAACAAAAUAAACUAUUUGAUCAACGCACAUCAAAGAGUACAGCUUCAGGAUUGUCGGGAACUAUAAGUAUUGUAAAAGUUCCAGAGAAUUUAGAUAAUAUUGCUUAUCCAGAGAGUAUUUCUCAUAUACCUCCUGUACCACCACCUUCAACUGUUGCAGUACAUAAAGGAUUUGAGGUGCCUAAGAUUGAUAGAACCAAAAAACCUUCAAAUAUAUUUAGAUACGAUACUAAUAUUCUUAGACCUGUCAUAGUACCAGUGCAAGUUAUGACUUUAUUCCAAGCUAUUGCCCAGUCUAAUACAUUUAAAAAUAUUGAAACCUGUGGGGUACUUUGCGGAAAACUGGAAAAAAAUGAACUAAUUAUUACACAUAUGAUAUUGCCUAAACAAAAAGGAACAUCUGACUCAUGUUGUACCACUAAUGAAGAAGAAAUAUUUGAAUAUCAAGAUGUUCAUAAUCUUAUUACAAUUGGAUGGAUUCAUACACAUCCUACUCAAACAGCAUUUCUUUCUAGUGUAGAUCUUCACACACAUUGCCCUUAUCAAUUACUGAUGCCUGAAGCCAUUGCCAUUGUGUGUUCACCCAAGUAUAAUGAAACUGGGAUAUUUAUUUUAACUCCUGAUUAUGGUUUGAAAUUCAUUGCAAAUUGCAACCAAGAUGGAUUCCAUCCACAUCCAACUGAUCCACCACUUUUUACAGAAGCCGACCAUGUUAGAAUAGAAAACAAUGCAUCGGUAGAAGUGUUGGAUCUACGGAAGAAAUAAACUUGAACUGCCAAAGAGCUUUUUUAUAUGAAUUAAACUGCUUCUAAUGAUUUCAAAUACUCCAGUACAUCUCGGUUUUUUUGAAAUCGAGACUUGGAUAUGUAGAAAAUCAGAUUGCUUCAUUGUAUGUUUAUUUAUUUAAUAAUAAAGUUUAUAUUUGUUUUUUAUGUUAAUUUUUAUGAAAUAUAUCCUAAGCUUACUUCCCCGGCUGAAGACUCUUUCUCGGGAAAUGGUAAUCGGCUUUAGUGGAAGUACAUAAAUAACUGGUACUUAGAUGGAGUGAACAAUUGGUACUGAAUUGGACGCUUUUUAAGGAACGAAAUUAAAAUGGAUAAAAAAAGGUGUAAAAGCUGGAAACAUCCUAUGAAUUGAAUUAAUAAAUGAACUAUCCCCGGACUCGAUUCUCCAAAUUAUUAUUUAUUGGUAAAAAGAAGAAGGUUCCAACAAAUAAUAAAUUUAUUAUUAUCCAAGAAAGCACAACGAACAAAGGCAGUUCUAUCAAUUAAAACAAACUCAAAUUUAUAUAUGCUAAAGAUAGAAACUAGGACUUAUCUAUGAAAAGCUGGGAUGGUUGUAGACAUCAACUAAAUUCCAAGUUGUUGGAGUUGAAUUUCGUGUGUUGAUAGUAGUGUAUUGGUUGGA